GCUCCAAGGACCCCUGCGCCGAGGUGACCUGCAGCUUCGGCAGCACCUGCGUCCGCUCCGCCGACGGCCAAGCGGCCAAAUGCGUCUGCCCCGCGUCCUGCGGCGCCGUGCCCGAGGCCACCGUGUGCGGCAGCGACGGCAAGGACUACCGCAGCGAGUGCGACCUCAACAAGCACGCCUGCGACAAGCAGGAGAACGUCUUCAAGAAGUUUGACGGCGCCUGUGACCCAUGUAAGGGCAUCCUCAACGACAUGAACCGUGUUUGCCGGGUGAACCCCCGCACCCGAAGGGCAGACCUGCUCCCCCGCCCCGAAAACUGUCCCCUGAAGAGAGAGCCGGUGUGCGGUGACGACGGGGUGACAUAUGACAACGAGUGCGUGAUGGGACGCUCGGGGGCCAUCCGGGGCCUGGAGAUCCAGAAGGUGCGCUCAGGGCAGUGCCAGCAUCAGGACAAAUGCAAGGACGAGUGCAAGUUCAACGCCGUCUGCCUGAACCGCCGCGGCACCGCGCGCUGCUCCUGCGACCGCAUCGCCUGCGACGGCGCCUACCGGCCCCUCUGCGCCCGCGACAGCCGCACCUACAGCAACGACUGCGAGCGCCGCAAAGCCGAGUGCCUCCAGAAGGCUGCCAUCCCAGUCAAGCACGCUGGACCCUGUGACCUGGGUGCUCCCAGCCCGUGCCUGAGCGUGGAGUGCACCUUCGGGGCCACGUGUGUGGUGAAGAACCAGGAGGCCGUGUGCGAGUGCCAGCAGGUGUGCCAGGGCCGCUACGACCCCGUCUGCGGCUCCGACGGCCGCACCUACGGCAACCCCUGCGAGCUCGACUCCAUGGCCUGCGUCCUCAAGAGGGAGAUCAAAGUGAAACACAAGGGACCCUGCGAGCGUUGCGGCAAGUGCCAGUUCGGGGCCAUCUGCGAGGCGGAGACGGGAAGGUGCGUGUGCCCCACGGAGUGCGUGCCCUCCUCUCAGCCCGUGUGCGGCACGGAUGGCAACACCUACGGCAGCGAGUGCGAGCUCCACGUCCGGGCCUGCACGCAGCAGACCAACAUUUUGGUGGCUGCCCAAGGAGACUGCAAGUCCUGCGGCAGCACGGUCUGCUCCUUCGGCAUGAGUUGUGGCUGGGGGAAACGGAGCUGUUCCUGCGCCUGCCAGCAGCAGAAGAGCAUCGAGGUGGCCAGGAUGGGCCCGUGCGAGGACGAGUGCGGCUCGGGGGGCUCGGGCUCGAAAAAAGAGUGUGAGCAGGACCGGUGCCGGCAGUACGGGGGCUGGUGGGACGAGGACGCUGAGGACGACCGCUGUGUGUGUGACUUCACCUGCCUGGCGGUGCCACGCAGCCCGGUGUGUGGCUCUGAUGGUGUGACCUACACCAAUGAGUGUGAGCUGAAGAAGACGCGGUGUGAAAAGCGCCAGGAUCUCUAUGUCACUGGCCAAGGAGCCUGCCGUGCCCUUGCCACCACCCCACCACCUCUCCUGGUUGUGCACUGCAGCCAGACCAUCUAUGGGUGCUGCCCGGACAAUGUGACCUUGGCGCUCGGCGUGGGUGCAGCUGGAUGCCCAAGUACCUGCCAGUGCAACCCCUACGGCUCCUACGGGGGAGCCUGCGACCCCACCACGGGGCAGUGCUCCUGCAAGCCGGGCGUGGGGGGGCUCAAGUGCGACCGCUGCGAGCCUGGAUUUUGGAAUUUCCGUGGCAUCGUCACUGACGGCAAGAGCGGCUGCACGCCCUGUAACUGUGACCCUGUGGGCUCAGUGCGCGACGACUGUGAGCAGAUGACUGGGCUGUGCUCCUGCAAGACUGGGAUCACUGGCAUGAAGUGCAACCAGUGCCCCAACGGCAGCAAACUGGGCAUGACUGGCUGUGAGAAAGACCCAUCAGCCCCCAAAUCCUGUGAGGAAAUGAGCUGUGAGUUCGGGGCCUCAUGCGUGGAAGUCAACGGCUUUGCCCACUGCGAGUGCCCAUCACCGCUCUGCGCAGAGGCCAACAUGACCAAGGUGUGUGGCUCUGAUGGUGUCACCUAUGGGGACCAGUGCCAGCUGAAGACCAUCGCCUGCCGGCAGGGCCAGGUCAUCACGGUGAAACACACAGGGCAGUGCCACGAGUCCAUCACCCACACAAGCCACACCUCGCCACCCACACCACUGCCCACUCUGCCCUUGGCCAAGAUAAUCCUUCCCCCACCGCUGCGGCUCACCACACGGGCUCCUGAACCCACCGAGCUGGCUACCAGCUCCCUGCUGGUGGAUGCCAAGCCUACUGAAAGAGGUCACCCUACGACGAGGCGCAUCACAACUGCCAGGCCGGCCACCACGCCGUGGGCGACCCACGGGGGGUAUAAGACCACCAUCCGCCCUCUCUCCACCGCACCAGUGGUCCUGGCCACCACCCAGCCUGCCUUCGUUGAAUCAGGCAGCGCAGAAGGCAGUGGAGACCAAGAGAUGGGCAUCAGUGGAGACCAGGAAUCCAGUGGGGCAGGCUCUGCCGGGGAAGAGGAGGUAGAGGAAAGCCAGGUAACUUCCACCCCCGCCAUCGAGAGGGCCACGUGUUACAACACCCCCCUGGGAUGCUGCUCUGAUGGCAAGACCGCGGCCGCUGAUGCGGAAGGCAGCAACUGCCCGGCGACCAAAGUCUUCCAGGGAGUCCUCAUCUUGGAGGAGGUGGAAGGCCAGGAGCUGUUCUACACCCCCGAGAUGGCUGAUCCCAAAUCCGAGCUCUUUGGGGAGACGGCCAGGAGCAUCGAGAGCGCGCUCGAUGAGCUUUUCCGCAACUCUGACGUUAAGAAGGAUUUCAAGAGCAUCCGUGUCCGAGACCUGGGGCAGAGCAGCGCUGUCCGUGUCAUUGUGGAGUCCCACUUUGACCCAGCCACUUCCUACACAGCAGCUGAUGUCCAGGAGGCCCUGCUGAAGCAGAUCAAAGCUUCCAAGAAGAAGACCAUCCUGGUGAAGAAGCCUCAGCAGGAGCACGUCAAAUUCAUGGACUUUGACUGGAUCCCCAGGCUCUUCACCACCACCGUGACCACAACUACGGCCACCACCAUGGCGCCCGCCACCACCCGCAGGUACACCACGGCCCCCGCCGCCACCACGGCCCACAUCCCGCGCCCCGACGCUGCCCGGCGACCCAGCCGCAAGGUGAUGGGAAGGAGACCCGCGUCCACCCUCCCCGCCACCACCCGGCGCAAGCCCACACGCCAGCCCCCCACCACCAAAAAGCCCUCGCGACCCUGCGACUCCCACCCCUGCCUGCACGGCGGCACCUGCGAGGACGACGGGAAGGAGUUCACCUGCAGCUGCCCGGCGGGCAAAGGAGGAGCUGUCUGUGAGAAAUCCAUCAGGUACUUCAUCCCCAGCUUUGGUGGCAAGUCCUACCUGGCCUUCAAGAUGAUGAAGGCCUACCACACCGUGCGCAUCGCCAUGGAGUUCAGGGCGGUGGAGCUCAGCGGGCUGCUCCUCUACAACGGCCAGAACCGCGGCAAGGACUUCAUCUCCCUGGCGCUGGUCGGGGGCUUCGUGGAGCUCAGGUUUAACACUGGCUCUGGCACGGGCGUCAUCACCAGCAAGGUCCGCGUCGCGCCCGGCAAGUGGCACCAGCUGGUGGUGAACCGCAACCGGCGCAGCGGCACGCUGUCGGUCGACGGGGAGCCCCACGUCAGCGGGGAGAGCCCGGCCGGCACCGACGGCCUUAACCUGGACACGGACCUGUUCAUCGGGGGAGCGCCAGAGGACCAGAUGGCCGUGUUGGCAGAUCGUACUGCGGCCACCGCUGGCCUGAAGGGCUGCAUCCGUCUCCUGGAUGUGAACAACCAGAUGUACGACCUGCGGGAGAAAGGCAGCGAUGUGCUGUACGGCAGGGGGGGGGGGGGGGGGGGCGACCGGCCCCGCCCCCCCAGCCACCACGGUGGCAUCUGCCACGUCAAGGAGGCGGAGAUGUUCCACUGCGAGUGUCUCUACACCUACACCGGCCCCACGUGUGCCGACGAGAGGACCCCCUGCGACCCUUCGCCCUGCCACGUCUCUGCCACCUGCCUGGUGCUGCCGGAGGGAGGCGCCUUGUGCGCCUGCCCCAUGGGCCGGGAAGGAGACUUCUGCGAGCGAGUGACAGAGCAGGACCACACCAUGCCCUUCCUCCCGGAGUUCAAUGGCUUCUCCUACCUGGAGCUGAACGGGCUGCAGACCUUCGUUCCUGACCUGGACAAAAUGUCCAUGGAGGUUGUGUUCCUGGCCAAGAACCCCAGCGGGAUGAUCUUCUACAACGGGCAGAAGACGGAUGGCAAAGGGGACUUUGUCUCUUUGGCCUUACACGACGGUUACCUGGAGUACAGAUACGACCUGGGCAAAGGGGCGGCUGUGCUCAGGAGCAAAGAGCCAGUUCCCCUCAACACCUGGAUAAGCGUCUUGUUGGAAAGGAACGGGCGCAAGGGGGUAAUGAGGAUCAACAACAGCGAGAGGGUGAUGGGAGAGUCACCGAAAUCCCGUAAGGUGCCUCACACCUUCCUGAACCUGAAGGAGCCGUUUUACGUGGGGGGAGCCCCUGAUUUCAGCAAGUUGGCUCGGGCGGCUGCCAUCUCCACCAGCUUCGAUGGGGCUGUGCAGAGGAUCUCCGUCAAGGGGGUGCCCGUGCUGAAGGAGCAGAACAUCCGCAGCGCCAUCGAGAUUUCCCCCUUCCGAGGCCACCCCUGCACCCAAAAACCCAACCCUUGCCAGAACGGGGGCGCUUGCAGCCCCCGGCUUGAGAGCUACGAGUGUGCCUGCCAGAGGGGCUUCUCCGGGGCUCACUGCGAGAAAGUGAUCAUUGAGAAGGCUGCUGGGGACGCAGAGGCCAUCGCUUUUGAUGGUAGGACGUACAUGGAGUACCACAAUGCUGUGACAAAGAGCCACCUGACCAAUGAGAUCCCUGCUCCCGACGCGCUGGACUAUCCCGUGGAGCCCAGCGAGAAGGCCCUGCAGUCGAACCACUUUGAACUCAGCAUCAAAACCGAAGCCACGCAGGGGCUGAUCCUGUGGAGCGGGAAGGGGCUGGAGCGGUCGGACUACAUCGCCCUGGCCAUCGUGGAUGGCUUCGUCCAAAUGACUUACGACCUGGGCUCCAAGCCGGUCGUCCUGCGCUCCACCGUCCCCGUCAACACCAACCGCUGGAUCCACAUCAAGGCCUACAGGGUACAGAGAGAAGGUUCCCUUCAGGUCGGCAACGAAGCCCCCAUCGCUGGCUCCUCUCCGCUGGGUGCAACGCAGCUGGACACGGACGGGGCCCUGUGGCUGGGGGGUCUGGAGAAGCUGAGCGUGGCUCACAAGCUGCCCAAGGCCUACAGCACCGGCUUCAUCGGCUGCAUCAGGGACGUCCUCGUCGACCGCCAAGAACUGCACCUGGUGGAGGACGCUUUAAACAACCCCACCAUAUUACACUGCUCAGCCAAAUAGACCCCCAGGGACCCUCCCUGCUCCUUCCCUCCCUCCUGCCUAUUGCUGUAAUUAUUUUCUAUUUUUGUAAACUUAUUGCUUUUUAUAUUUUUUGGGGGGGGGGGAGGGAGGGGAAAGGGAGGGGGCGGAAACACCUUUUCUUUUGGGUUAUUUGUUCGGUUGCCGUCUAUCCAGGUCAGUCAGACUCUAAUCAAACAGCAGCAACAAAGAACAAACCUUGAACCAAGUCUCCAAGAAGUGACAGAAGAACUUCCCCGUCGCACCUGCGUUGUAAAUCUUAUUCAUACUUGAAGCUUCUU